UGUGGACAUCAGAACUAAGGUACCUGGGAGCACCUUCUGCACAUUGAUGAACCCUGGAGACACCUGCACGAAAUCACAGAGAAUAUGACUCAGUUUUUCCACCUCCUUUGCUCAGUCCCCAAAGAGCUGAAGAAUAGUUUUUAAAGGGAGGCAGGAAGCUUCGUUGAAGCUGUGCAACCUGGUGUGAGGCCUCCCGAUGGAGGAGAAAUGAGUUUGGUGGAUGAGUUCAAUUUGGGUCUUGAUGGUUUUUGGGUUUUUUUCCCUUCUCUGAAAUCUGCCAAACAUCCCCCUUUAUCAAAGGAAUCUUUCUGGGCUCACCACGGAAAAUGUAUCCCUUUUACUUUAAAGAGAAGGGAAAAAUGCAUGACGGUGAAAUGUCUGAAAUCGCAUUUGGAAGAAAACAUGCUCCAGGUGAGGCUCGAACUCACAACCUCGGCAUCACCCGCACAUAUACUGUCGUAUAAGUACCGCGCGCUAACCGAUUGCGCCACUGGAGCAUGCUUUCCCCAGCCUGGCCAUGCGCACUCUACAGAGCCGUGAGCUCCCCUCGCGCCGGAGCGGGAGCGCGCGGAGCCGCCGGGGACCCUCCGUCGGCGGCCGCCGGCCUCCGCAGGAAACGCGAUCUGAUCCAGAUGUGUCCGUCUCUCCUGGGAGACGUAUGUGAUCCUGCCCCUGCGCCACCAGGAGCCAACGUUUCCCGGGGAGAUGCGGGCGCUCUUUUCACAAAGCCGGAGAAAAGCCGAGGAGAAAAAGGAGCCCCUCCGGCUUCCCGUUGCCACCAUUCUAGCAAAACCCGGCUUCUGGGGCGGACGCCAGCCGUUUGGCUUCUUCGUGGUUUCACCGCGCACCGCCCCGCGGGCCUGCGACGCUUUCAGACCGAGGACGAGCGGACGCGGAGCUCGCCCCUGCCUCCCUCUGCGCGUCUCCCCGCGCCCGCGCGCUCCCGGCGGCCUUCCCAGCCUCGCCUGCCGCGCGCCCGCUUCGCAGCCCGGCAUCUCGCUGCUGUCCAUCCGCCCUCCCCGAAGCCCUCCCGGAGGCUGCCUGAAAGCCGCAUUCGGAGUCGCAGAGCCAGCUGGUCAGGCGACCUCUUCUGGGAAACGGGCACCGCAGCAACUCCUUUCCGCGCAGCAGGUGACCCCGCCCCGGCGCCCCACCUCCGUCUCCACCCUUUACCUGUUCAUUGCACUUCGCCUCUGUGACGCAAACCCUCAGUAACCUCAUCUCUGGGGCCGCAGUUUUAAGGCCGAUUUUGUUUGCUGCCUGUUUGUUUGAUUGGGGUCUGGGAAACCGCAGCUCAGUACCCACAAGACAUACACACGAGACAUGACGUCUGUUCGCUUUUGGAGAAGAAAAGUCAACCAGAAGAGUUGCGUAGAAGGAGCAAUAGCCUAUAUUCCCGACCACCGAACACAACAGACAGGACUGAGAAUAACAGCUUUAAACCAGAGUGAGAUGCACAUCUCAAGAAAUCAGCUCAGAAAUCAAAAGCAAAGGCAAAAAAAAACUCACCUUUUUAUAUAACAAGAAGAUGCAACUUUUAACAUACAGAUCCUCAAGUACAAAACAUGAAGGUACAGAGGUGGACAGGACGUCCCUGAACUCAAGAUGGUUCACAACACAGUACAACGACCUUCCCUGAAUACUUCCACUGGAAACACAGAGGAGCUCCAGCUUGGCUUCUAGUGGAGCAAAUGAUGAAGCUGACUGGAGAUGGAUUUGCACCCAAGAGACUAGAGAAGGUAAGUCCAAGCAACAACAAAUGCACUGAGUGACAGAGUCACAGAAAUAGGUAACAAUGAAACAUUGAGACUAGCCAGAACAAUCCGGAACUGGAAAUACGUGCCUGUGCGGCCAAAGCACAAAGACGACAAGGCAUUUGAGUUCUGCAUGCUCUUAACCACUCUUACCGGGACCAAUUCUGCAUUGAUCUGGUAUAUUUUGAAGUUCCGUAUAAUGCUUUGUUUCUAUUAAAAAGGACUGUUAGGGUUAAGAAACAGCUCGAAGCUGGAGCUUGGUCUUGGGGUUGACUGUAAUGGUAGAAAAGUACAGAGGAAGAGCGUGACUUGCUGGGGAAUUACAGAAACUAUCUCAGCUUGGGUGAACUAUUAGGGUAUGAGCUUCUCAUUAAC